AUGACCACCUCAUCGCCGCGCUCCCCGCCGGACUUCCUCCCCGACGUCGGCGCCGCUCUCCCCGUCGCCCCACCGCGUAUCGUCCCCGUCAUCCGCCUCGACAACCGCGGCCCCGUGCCCUACACCCCGCCGGUGAGGCCCUCGGCCUCUGCCUCUCCUCCUCUCUCCCUUGUACGCCCCGACGCUGUGCGCGCCCAUGGACCUCUCCACGCCCCCGCUCCCCGUCGCGGCUUGCCUCGCCUUGCCGCUCCCGCCGCGCGGCCCCGCAACCCACCGCUGCGCCCGAUGCACCACUGA